AUGGAGGACCCAAGGGAAAAUGGUGAAAAUUCACCGUUGCCAUUGCCAGAAAGAGCGAUUUAUGGCUUUGUUCUUUUCUUAAGCUCCCAAUUUGGCUUCAUACUAUAUCUCGUGUGGGUUUUUAUUCCUGAAUCUUGGCUAAACUCCUUAGGUUUAACCUUUUGGCCUCCAAAAUAUUGCGCAGUUGCAUUGCCUGUGUACCUCCUCAUUACUAUAGUAAUCGCUUAUUUCCUCUUAUUUGGAAUAAACACGAUGAGUGCCUCUCCACUCAACUCCAUUCAUACAAUCACCGAUAACUAUGCUAAAAAUCAACAGCAGAAGAAAUGCCAAGAAAAGGCCAUCCCAGCAUUAAGAGAUAUUCCUAUUAGUGUAGUAAACCAAAUGUUCUUUCUUGCAGCCAAAGAACUUUAAACCAAAAUCUGAAUUGUAUGUAGACUAACACCAAACAUUUAUGAUAAGUUUUUUACUUAUUUUGACCAU